AUGAAGUUCUCGCCAACCGCUCUGCUCGCUGUGGCAGUCGCCUCUGCCGAGGCCCACUACACCUUCGGUCGCUUCGUCUACGGCGGCACAACCUACCCGGAAUGGCAACACGUGCGCAAGACGCUCAACUUCUACACCAACGGCCCGGCCGACGGUGUGUCGUCGACGCAGAUUCGCUGCUACGAAGCAGACGCCGCCGACCGCGGCACGGUGACAACGCUGCCGGUAUCGGCAGGCUCGACAAUCGGGUUUGCGGCGAACGGGGUCGUAGGACACCCGGGACCGGCGAGCUUCUACAUGGCCAAGGUGCCGACCGGCCAAACCGCGGCGACGUGGGACGGCAGCGGGGCGGUGUGGUUCAAGAUCUACCACGAGAGGCCGACUAUUACGAGCAGUGGGUUGGAGUGGGCUUCUACCAACACUCAAAUCCUCUCCACCAAGAUUCCGGCGUGCAUCCCAUCAGGCGAGUACCUCGUCCGCGUCGAGCACCUGGCGCUCCAUGGCGCCGCCACGGAGGGCGGAGCGCAGUUCUACCUCGCGUGCGCGCAGGUUUCCGUGUCCGGGGGCGGGAGCACCAGCCCGUCGGGCCUCGUUUCGUUCCCGGGGGCGUACAAGUCUACGGACCCGGGGAUCCUGUUCCAGCCGUACUGGCCCACGCCGACAAGCUACACUAACCCGGGGCCGGCCCCGUUCAGCUGCUGA